AUGUUGGACGAACGAAAUUUAUCGGCUUCAACCAGUUCUCAAGGGAACCUAUCACCGAUUCUCAAAAAUUGUUUGGCAAUGUUGUACGUUGAAGAAUUGGAAAAUUUUUCUCCAAUUAAUGUUUGUUCUGGUCUAAUGGCUUCGAUUCCGAAUGAAAUUAAACAUUUGAAACUAAUUCGCUAUGGAAUUUUUCAAGAAUUAGAUGAGAUUAACGAUGGUACAGAUCAAGAAGUAUCCAGAAUCGCAAAUUUUCCCAGUUUCAAAAAUUCAUCUGAUUUAAUCAACUCAAUGAAGGAAAAUGUUAAGAUAUCAUCGUUCAAUAAAGUUUUCGAUAUGGAUUUUAAUUCUUUUAUCUCUCAUAUUUCCUUUCCUGAUAUCGGAAAAUUUUCUCAUACACUUUCGAAACAAGAUCAAGACAAUAUAAUAAAGGAAUUUUCUCCAUUACCACUUUUUUCUGCUUUUGCCUCAUCAGAUAAAAUAAUGAAUAUUAGCAAUAAUUGGUUUAUCAAUCAGUCAAAAGCUCCUCCCAUUCAAUUAUCUCGUCGAAAAUUGGUUUCAGAUUCUCAUUCUCGAACAGAUUUUUUCAGUUUUUUCGAGUAUAAGCGUAUUCCUGUUCAAACAGCUCGUGAACAUAAGCGAUUUAACAAUUCUCUCCGGAGAUUCCGUAGUUAUUUGUGGAAUUCUGAUUUGUCAGAUUAA